AUGAGCUGCAAUUCUAAAAGAGUUACAACAAUAUAAAUAAGAUGGUUUGCAAUAGAUGAUUAAAGAAUAGAAGUUUUUAAUAAUUUUAAUAUGAUUAAUCCAGACGAUAAGACAUUUUAAAUAAAAAAUAGAAAUGCAUAAAGUGGUUUUGUAGUAAUGACAAGUAUACAUUAUAUAGGUCCAAUUGAUUUUCUAUUAUCAGUAUAAAUAUUUAAUAAUUAUAAAGAUGAGUUAAAUAACAGUGUAAUAAGUGACUGUUAGUAUAACAAAAGUAGCAGGAAAAUUUACAAAUCUUAAGUAAAUUGGAUAUUAACUUAUUGUUGCAGUUGAUGAAGCAUUUGUCAAUCUACGAUUAUAAUCUGUUAAUGGAGAAACAUCCCUUGAAAUUAUUUAAGUACUUUACGAUUAAAAAAUUAUAGAAUAAACUAUUGUAAAAAUAGAAUUAUUCACUUAAUGA